AAGAAGAGGAGGAGGAGGAGGAGGCCGAAGAUCAGCUUUUACAGGAUGAAGAGGGCGAGGACCAGCAGCAACAGGAAGAGGAGGAAGAAGAGAUAGAGGAAGAAGAGUCAUACUAUGAAUCCGGCUCGUCGCACUCUGAAGGCGAGACCUGGAUCUCGUCGUUCUGCUCGAUGAAAGGUCACGAAUACUUCGCCGAAGUUACCGAGGACUUCAUCGAAGACGACUUCAACCUCACCGGUCUGUCUUCGCUGGUGCCGUACUAUAAAGAAGCUCUUGACAUGAUCCUCGACUUUGAAACCGACCCCGACGACGCCGCGCACCUGCCCAACAUCCCAAUCAUCGAAAACUCAGCCGACCAGCUCUACGGGCUCAUCCACGCGCGCUUCCUGCUCACGCGCCAGGGCCUCGCCGUGAUGGCCGAGAAGUACGACCUCGCGCACUUUGGCUCCUGCCCGCGCUACCUCUGCCACUCCACCCCGCUCCUACCCAUCGGAACCUCGGAUCUCCCCAGCCGCGACACUGUAAAGCUCUAUUGCCCGAACUGCACCGACAUCUACUCUCCGGCGGGUAAAGAGGAAAGCGAGGUCGACGGCGCAUACUUUGGCACCUCGUUCGCGGGACUCUUCCUCAAGACCUACACCGACAUCCCCGGCCCUCUCGGCGGCCUUCGCAUCCCGGCCUCAACCGCCGUCUCACACCCAACACCAAAACAAAAACAGUCACAAUCACAGCAAUCCUCCCACCCACAAUCCGGCAACGGCACCGACCCCACUUCCACCGCCACCUCCACCUCCACCGCCACCACCACCUCCUCGCAACAACAACCGACAUCAACAUCCCCCACCGCCUCCGCGUCCUCGACAACCUCGUCCGCCUCGACCACCGACCGCACCACAGCCACUCCCUCGUCGUCCGAAGACGCGGCCGUCAGCACGCUGCUCCACGACUCCGACUCGAAAUGGGAAGUCUUCCAAAUGCACCUGUUUGGCUUCAAAGUCAGCGAGCGCGCGCGGUCGGGGCCACGCAUGAGAUGGCUGCGCGAGCGGCCGCGGGUGUUGUCGGAUAUCAAUCCGUUCUAGUGUGAAUUUCCUCUUAUUCUUCUUUUACUGUUUUUUCCUGUCGUAUAGUUUCACGCGUUUGUGGAAUGAGUAAAUUAUGUACAAUAUCGCCCUCUCCUACCUAAUCUGUCUUCUUCUUUUACCGUGUGUCUUAUUUUGCUCUCUACAUUUGCUCCAGCUUGUUGUUCCACGAACUUGUUAGUCGUUUGUCUUGUUUUUGGCUUGUAUGUAAAAGCUGCAUUGUAUAUUGUGUGUGUUUUAUGAAAUAUUGUUUGCGCUGCAUUGAUCUGCAUCGAUGUUUUUAUUAGAAUAAAUAAUUGAGACUAUUUAGUAUAAAU